AUGCGCGCCGUCUAUGCAGGAUUGGGCGCCCUCGCCCUCGCGACCGUCCAGGCCUGGGAGUACCCCUACUGCGAGCACGAUGGCUGCUAUCGCAACCUAAUUGAUUCUCGCUAUGAGCAGGAGGCCAAUGAGUUCUGCCCUGAGUUUCUCUCUGGCACCACCACUGGCGCCGCCGCCGUUCCCACGGAUUUUGGCGGCUGCCCCGAUGUCACUGCCCUAUCCUCCGCCUGCUCAUGCAUCACCUAUGCCCUGACAGCCAGCAGCUCAUCGUCCGUGGUCGUGUCAACCACCAGCUCUUACCCAGUUCAGACUACCACGUCUGUGGUUCCUACUACCAGCUCUUAUCCUGUUGAGACAUCCUCCAGUGUCCCGGUCUCGAGCAGCAGCAGCGUCUAUGAGACCACUUCCACCUCUACUGAGGAUUGUGAGACCAGCACAAGCGUGUCUGUCCCUCCCACCACCACAUCCUCUGAGGACUGCGAGGAGAGCAGCACCUCCAGCUACCCUGUCUCAACCACCACGAGCAGUGUCGAGACAACUCCCUACCCAGAGAGCUCUACCUCGUCUACCUCGUCCACUGAGAUCAGCUCGACCUAUCCCGUCUCUUCCAGCAGCGUUGAGACGACACCUUGCCCGGAAUCAUCCACUUCUUCCGUUGUGCCAAGCUCCAGCUAUCCCGUGACCACAAGCAGCGUGGAGACCACUCCCUGCCCCGAGAGCUCAACUACUUCCGUUGUCGAGUCCUCGUCCAGCUACCCUGUCUCCUCCUCCAGCAGCGUUGAGACAACUCCGUGCCCCGAGAGCUCGACGUCCUCAACUGCGGUCAGCUCCACCUACCCGGUGUCUUCUAGCAGCGUCGAGACUACCUCAAGCUACCCUGUCGAGACCACCCCUUGCCCUGAAAGCUCGACAUCCUCGACUGUUGUUAGCUCCACCUACCCAGUCUCUUCUAGCAGCGUUGAGACUACCCCAUGCCCUGAGAGCUCAACAUCCUCAACCGCUGUCAGCUCCACCUACCCUGUGUCUUCCAGCAGCGUCGAGACAACUCCUUAUCCGGAGAGCUCCAGCUCAGUUGAGACUACAUCUUGGACCACCUCAACUGUCUACACCACCACCGUCCGCACUGUGACUUCUUGUGCCCCUGAGGUCACUAACUGCCCCAACAAGCCGCACACCACCACUGAGACAAUUGCCGUCUCUACCACCGUGUGUCCGGUGACUGAGACUACCCCAAUCGUCACCAAGACCUCGGUCAUCUCUCAACCGUCCCAGUCUCAGCCGGCGACAUCGUACACCACCAGCACCGUGUACACGACAACUGUUCGGACCGUCACCUCUUGCGCCCCCGAGGUCACCAACUGCCCGAACAAGCCUCACACCACCACCGAGACUGUGGCUGUCUCCACCACCAUCUGCCCUGUCACCAGCGAGGUUCCCCACAGCUUCACCACCUACUACCAGCCCAGCUCUUCUCCUCAGCCUCCUGUUGAGAGUGAGACCUCCCCCGCCCCGGUCCCUGAGACUACCACCCCUGUUGAGACUGAGACAUCUCCGGCUCCGGUUCCCGAGACCUCCACCCCUGUCGAGACCGAGACAUACCCUGCCUCUCAGCCCGAGGCCUCUCAGCCAGCUACCACUUACCCUCAGCAGCCUCAGACCACCAUCAGCACUGUGGCUGCUACCACCCCGGUUGGCUCUACCUCUGUCCCCGUUGAGUCUCCCAGCGCCACCACGACCGGUCCUGUCCAGGUCACCAACGCCGCCGUCCGCCUUGGCUCCGGCGUCGAGUUUGCUGCCGCCGCCAUGGUGGUUGUUGCUCUUCUCUAA